AUAUGUAGAAGCGCAAAAGUCAACAUCUGACUGAAAAAAAAACAAAACUGGCCGCUUGUUGGAGCUUCGCGUCCGCUUAAGGGUUUUUUUUUCAUAAGUCUAGGUUCAGACGGAGAAACUUUUGUUGCUCAUUUUCGUCAAUUUCUCUUUUUGUGUUGCCCAUCGCUUUCACACAGAGCAACUCUGAGCAGGCAAUUUUCUGACAUUUCCGUUGAUAUCAUAUUCGCAAAUUUCUGUACGCUUCGUUUACCCGGCACUUACAAACUCUGAUAAAAUUUGUGAUUAUAAGUAAAAGGUGAGUUGAGAACUAAAGUUUUUAAAUAAAUUUUCGUAUUUACAUAUGUAUGUUAAUUUGCUUCUUUGCUUAUUUAGCGCAGCCAUGGCAGAAAAAAUCAAAUGGACUCAAGCGGAGAUUGAAAAUCUGAUAAAUUUGGUGCAGCAGUAUGAAUGCAUCUAAAGUGUGCAGGUUAUUUAGACCGCAACGCCAAAGCCCAAGCGUUUGAUAAAAUCUGCGAAGAUUUGGAAAUGCCGCAAUUAGACGUAAUAGAAGUGAAGAAAAAGUGGAAAAAUUUGAGGACACAGUUUUUGAGAGAGAUGCGAGAGUUGCCGGCUUCUAAAAAAAGUGGUUCAGGACUCUGCGUAUGUACACACCAAAAUUGUGGUGUUAUACACAAUUACAAUUUCUUGAAGCCCACACACAAAUAAGGAGCGGACAGAGUAAUUUUGAGAUAACAUUUGAAUUUUGUUUCUCAUGUUUAUUAAAAAAUACGUGUUUUACUUUUAAGGAUGUAACCCCCCCGCCCGAAAGCCCAGGAGGCACCUCGUCUGAUGUCUCAAACUUUUCUCAGUUUAGCCCAGGAGCCCCAUCGAGUAUUUCUCAUUCUUCCCCACUAAGCCCACAAACGACUUUAAGUGAAUUUAUUGAUAUAAGCACUGAAGCGAGUAGCAGUGGCGCUAGCAAAGAGCCACAGAAGAAACGGGCAAAGGACGGUGCACUGUACAGGUUACCGAAGGAUUUGGCCUCAUUCAAAGACAGAAUCUGCGAAAAACGCACGAAGCCAUUUUCUUGGCUGGGUAACUUGGUAGCAACCCAAAUGGAGGAGAUAAUUCCCGAACAGCAAGACGACGCUGCGUGGGAGGUUCAAUGCCUUAUGCGAAGAUUGGUGCAAAAAUCUAAGAACGCCUCAUCUUCGCAACCUGUUUCGUGUGACCUGCUUCAAGAUGCAAUGAGUGGAGUCUUUUAUAAAACUGAUUUUGAAUGACUGUAAGUAAUAUGGA